GAGAGAGAGAGAAGAGGGAGAAGGAGGUGGAGAAGGAGGAGGAAGGCAGCGAAAGCAAGGAGCGCUCUCUCUCUCUCUCUCCCGCUCGCUCGCCGCCUCUGCCUUCUCCAUUGAAGCACAGUUCACUAUGAUCUUACUCGCCUUCAGCACUGCAAGCCGGGGGGAUUUCGUGCAUCAUUCCAGGGUGUUUUUCUUGCAAGCCUUGCUUUGGAUUUUAUGGGCUACUGGGUGCAGAGCGGAGCAGUAUUUCAAUGUAGAGGUGUGGCUACAAAAGUACGGCUAUCUUCCACCAACUGACCCCAGAAUGUCGGUGUUGCGUACUGCAGAGACAAUGAAAUCUGCUAUAGCUGCUAUGCAGCAGUUCUAUGGCAUUAACAUGACAGGAAAAGUGGACAGGAACACAAUCGAUGAUAUCACCUUAAGCUGGAUGAAGAAGCCUCGUUGCGGUGUGCCUGAUCAGACACGAGGCAACUCCAGAUUUAAUAUUCGUCGAAAGCGAUACGCAUUAACAGGACAGAAGUGGCAACACAAACAUAUCACUUACAGCAUAAAGAACGUCACUCCGAAAGUAGGAGACGCUGAAACCCGCAAAGCUAUUCGCCGUGCCUUUGACGUGUGGCAGAAUGUAACCCCUCUGACGUUUGAGGAAGUUCCUUACAUUGAACUAGAGAAUGGCAAGAGGGACGUGGAUAUUACAAUCAUUUUUGCAUCAGGUUUUCAUGGAGACAGCUCUCCCUUUGAUGGGGAGGGAGGAUUUUUGGCUCACGCUUACUUUCCCGGGCCAGGAAUUGGGGGAGAUACUCAUUUUGAUUCAGAUGAGCCAUGGACUUUGGGAAACCCUAAUCAUGAUGGGAACGAUUUGUUUCUAGUUGCAGUUCAUGAACUGGGACAUGCUUUAGGUCUGGAGCAUUCAAAUGACCCUACUGCCAUCAUGGCUCCAUUUUACCAGUACAUGGAAACCGACAACUUCAAACUACCUAAUGAUGAUUUGCAGGGAAUCCAAAAGAUAUAUGGGCCACCUGACAAACUCCCGCCACCAACAAGACCUCUGCCAACAGUGCCCCCACAUCGUUCUGUCCCUCCAGCAGAUCCACGGAAGAAUGACAGGCCUAAACCUCCACGGCCACCCACAGGAGACAAGCCUUCUUACCCUGGAGCCAAGCCCAACAUCUGCGAUGGAAAUUUUAACACUCUAGCCAUCCUUCGUCGGGAAAUGUUUGUUUUCAAGGAUCAGUGGUUUUGGCGUGUCAGAAACAACCGAGUGAUGGAUGGAUACCCCAUGCAGAUUACCUACUUCUGGAGGGGGCUGCCGCCAAGUAUUGAUGCAGUUUAUGAAAACAGUGACGGGAAUUUUGUUUUCUUUAAAGGUAACAAGUUCUGGGUCUUCAAGGACACUACUCUCCAGCCAGGAUAUCCUCACGAUUUGAUAACAUUGGGCAGUGGGAUUCCACCCCAUGGUAUUGAUUCAGCAAUUUGGUGGGAAGACGUUGGGAAAACCUACUUCUUCAAAGGAGAUAGGUACUGGAGGUACAGUGAAGAUAUGAGAACUAUGGAUCCUGGUUAUCCCAAACCAAUCACAAUAUGGAAAGGUAUCCCGGAUUCACCUCAGGGAGCCUUUGUCCACAAAGAAAAUGGCUUCACGUAUUUCUACAAAGGCAAAGAAUACUGGAAAUUCAACAACCAGAUGCUCAAAGUGGAACCUGGAUAUCCCAGAUCCAUCCUAAAGGAUUUUAUGGGUUGUGAUGGACCAGCAGACCGGGACAAAGACCGACACAGCCCUCAGGAUGACGUAGACAUUGUCAUCAAACUGGACAACACAGCCAGCACUGUGAAAGCCAUAGCCAUUGUCAUUCCCUGCAUCCUGGCCCUGUGCCUCCUUGUCUUGGUUUACACUGUGUUCCAGUUCAAGAGGAAAGGAACACCCCGCCACAUACUGUACUGCAAACGCUCUAUGCAAGAGUGGGUGUGAUGUAGGGGUAUGUCUCUCUCUCUCUCUCUCUCUCCCUCUCUCUCUCCUAGGAGUUCGUGGUAACUUGAGAUCAACAGAAGAGCUGUUAUGCAGUUUCCUAUCUAGGAGCAGGCAUCUGUCCAGCCCCUCGACCAGGGCUGAUCUUUAAAACCCAGGGGGCUGCCUGCACCCUGCACAGGAAGUAAGAGUUCACUCCAGUGGGAAGCUUCCAUCGUAAACAGUAUCUGCCGUUCCUCCAGUUCUUUUGUCUUUCUUUGUCAUUCGGUUCUAGCCUUUUUCCUCUCUGCACGCUCAAUACACCCAAUGCAAAACUAUCGGGAUUUUUCCAUAAAGAAGAGGAAAUAUUACAGCAAAAAUAUGGGAAAAAAGAAGCAUCUCCAGUGUCUCUGUUGGGGUUUUUUUCCUGUCCCCUUUGAAGCCUGCUCCCCUUUGAAAGAGUUUUGCGUGAGGUUUAAAAAA